UUAAUGGCAACAACGACGACAACACCCAGGUUGAACAUCGCCUUUCUCCACCCGUCACGGCAAGGUUUGUUCGGUUCCAUCCGGUGGGAUGGCAGGCAUAUCCCAGCAUGAGGAUGGAGGUUCUCCUAUGUGAUCUGGAUGUCGACGAAUGUGCAGAUGGCACACACAACUGCCACGCCCAAGCAGCCUGUACCAACACGGACGGCUAUUUUACAUGUGAUUGCACUGAAGGGUACAGUGGAAAUGGAGUCAACUGUACUGAUGUCGACGAAUGUGCAGAUGGCACACACAACUGCCACGCCCAGGCAACCUGUACCAACACGGACGGCUCCUUCAUCUGUGAAUGUAUCGACGGUUACGAAGGAGAUGGAUUCACCUGCACAGAGACGUGUAGUGUACAGCCGUUGGGCAUGGAAAAUGCUGCCGCCACUAUCACCGCAUCUUCCAGCCAUCAUGACUGCUCUCCCGAGAAGGCGCGCUUAGACUCUCAACCAUCGGUGUUUAGUGAUGGUGGUGGAUGGGCCGGGGGAUGGUGCCCCGCUCAUGACGAGAUUGGACAGUGGCUACAGGUUGAUCUGAAUUCAGUGACCAGUAUUGCAGGUGUAAUCACACAAGGAAGAGCUGCCUCCGGCCAAUGGGUGACCAGUUACAAACUAAGCUUCAGCUCUGAUGGCGUCUUGUUUGACACCUUCUCCGAACAAGGACAAGAAAAGGUGUUUAAUGGCAACAACGACGACAACACCCAGGUUGAACAUCGCCUUUCUCCACCCGUCACGGCAAGGUUUGUUCGGUUCCAUCCGGUGGGAUGGCAGGCAUAUCCCAGCAUGAGGAUGGAGGUUCUCCUAUGUGAUCUGGGCUUGUCUGACCUGGUCUUCACGGAUGUCGGGAUGGACUACAUGACCCUGUCCUGGAGGGCGCCUGUUGACCUGAAUAUAACCCGGUACCGGCUGCGCUAUCGUCCCCCCGGGGCCUCGCACCGGGACCUGUCUCCCCCACCCUCCCCGGGCGACACCGCGGCCACCGUGCCCGGACUGUGGGCAGACACAGAGUACACCUUCACCCUGACGGCGUUUGGAGAUGGCGACCAGGAAGUUGGAGAGAUCAGUGGGACAAACACAACAGCUGAGGUUAUCGUGAACGUGGAGUGUCAUCAGGAUCACAUGACCGUGACCUUCCCCAGAGCGGCGCUACCAGCGGUAGAUGUGGACAACAUGCACCUGCUGGACGCCAGCUGCGGCGCCACGGUUACAGACACGGAGGUGACUCUGCGGGCAGGUCUGCAGGACUGCGGGACCAUUCAGGACUCUUCAGAAGCCGAUAAAUUCAUCUUCACCAACGAGGCCAUCGCCAAUCAGCUGACGUCUGACAACGGAGCCGUGAGAGGGACGCCCUUCAGCAAGAGGUUCCGGUGUGAGUUCCUCCGUCAGUACGUGGUCUCACAGGGGAGGGAGAUCCUCUACAACAUCCCGUCUCCUCGUGUGCAAGUUGUUGACGCGGAAAAUAGUUUCACCUUUGAGAUGCACAUGUUCACAUCGUCAGACUUCACUGCGACAUACAACUCAGACGACUACCCUGUGCAGGUGACCUCAGCCGACCGUCUCCACUUCGGAUUGAGCGUGAACUCACCUCUCAACGACCUGGAGCUGUUCGCUCUUCGCUGCCUCGCCACGCCCAGUACCGACCCUGACGACUCUCCCAGUGUCAGCAUCAUCCAGGACGGAUGUGACGUCGACACCACUCUUCAGCGAGACUCAGAACGGUCUAACGACAUGGCCUUAUACUACUCCAUCCAGUCCUUUACAUUCCCCAACAUUGACGAUCCCAGUCUGGUGUACAUCCAUUGCACCAUGGUGGUCUGCUUCCAGAGCGACCCGGACUCGCGGUGCAGUCAGGGCUGCAUCCCGCCGAGCCGGCGCAGGCGCGCUGUGCCCGACCUGAGCGAUGGCCGCGUCCGACGUGCCAGCGAAACGGACCAUAUAACAACCAUCAGCCAGGGACCCUUCAAAGUGGAGAAUGCACAAGAACAAGCCGCCCCCCUCCCCACUGUCGGCAUCGCUGUGGGCACAGCUGCGGGGAUAGCCGGAGUCCUGCUGGUGGCUGCUGCUGCCUUCCUGGUGAGGAAGAGACGCGGACGUGGCGCCAAGGAGCAGGCCGAGGAUCGUGUCGGUUUUGACAACUAUUCGUUUGAGCUCUGGGGAAAGGACAAGGCUGCCAGCGCCACCCCCAAACCCGAGUAGUCGGUUCUGGAGUGAGGCACGAAAUGUCAGCAUGAGCGAUGGAGUUCACACCAAAUCUCUCGCUCCCUUUCUCAAUUUCUCUUUCUCAAUACAAUCUUUUUAACCUCAGCAUCUCUCCUCUUUUUCAAUCCAUCAAUCUCUCCUCUUUCUCAAUCUCUCCUCUUUCUCAAUCUCUCAUCUUUCUCAAUCUCUGCCUUUCUCAAUCUCUCAUCUUUCUCAAUCUCUCCUCUUUCUCAAUCUCUCCCUUCCUCAAUCUCUCCUCGUUCUAAAUCCAUCAAUUUCUCCCUUUCUCAAUCUCUCCCUUUCUCAAUCUCUAGUAGUGGUAAUUAACUGUUACUGUUAGUAGUUCCUCUCUCUUUUUCUCAAUCUUUUGCCCUUUUAAAUAUUUCUCCAUCCCUUUCUCAAUCUUUCUUAACCCCCUUCUUCUUUCUCAAUAACACUUCCUCCUUUUCCUAAAUCUCCCACUCGUUCUCAAUCACUCCAACAUACACACACACAUACACACACAUACACACACAUACUCUCUCUCUCUCUCUCUCACACUCUCUCCCCCCCCCCACCACCACCACCCCCACACUCUCGCAUACUCUUCUCACUUGGUCUUCAUCCUUAUCCCUUUGUCUUUCUUCAUCAUUCCUCCUUUUCAAUCUUCUGAAGCUAUUCUUCAUUUCUUCGCAUAUAUAACCAUAUUAUAAGUUAGAUAGGAAAGCUGACAACAGUUUAAAGCCUAGGGAAAUUUGGAGAAGUCAAUUAUAAAACCUAGCAGAAUUUUUUCACAUUAAGACUAAAUUGACAAAAGUCCAGGAGCAUGGAGCACAAAAAUAUCACUGGGCAAAUUUCAGUUCUUCAAAGAACUUACAUUGGGCAAAUAGCACAAAAAUAUCACUGGGCAAACUUCAGUUUUUUCAAAGAACAUACAUUUGGGCAAAUAGCACAAAAAUAUCACUGGGCAAAUUUCAGUUUUUUUAAAGAACAUACAUUGGGCAAAUAGCACAAAAAUAUCAUUGGCCAAAAUUCAGUUUCUUCAAAGAACAUAGUUACAUUGGGCAAAUCUCUGGGCAAAUUUCAGUUUUUUAAAGAACACACAUUGGGCAAAUAGCACAAAAAUAUCAUUAGGCAAAAUUCAGUUUCUUCAAAGAACAUACAUUGGGCAAAUUUCUUUUUUUUCAAAGAACAAAACAUUUAAAAGACCAUUUGUAAGUUAAUGUGUCUGGACUAUUAUUUCAAUGCUGGAUGCAAACGUGUUAGUAUAGACACAGUUGGUUAGAAGGCGGAAAACUGUUGUCAGCUGAACAAAAAACCCCAAAAUGCCGGUGAAAGGAGCUUUACGGUACCAUUGCUGCAUCCACAGUGUGACAGUCAGGGGAGACAAAACCUCCGGGUUCUGUGGAGAAUGUUUUGCGAGGAUUAUGCAGUAAUUGUGUUUGACAUGGUGGCCACCAUAUCUGCAGUUUACAACCUUCAGAGUCAGAGGCAUUUACUGAUAUGAGAAAGGAAAAGAUGAGAUGAGGCAGUGAGGCUGGCUGUGAAACAUUGUGGGAUAGUGGUGUAUUACGAAAUAAUAUGAGUGCAAAUUGCUAGCAAGACUAUACAGUAAUAACUGUGUUAACAUUUAGCUUUGUCAUCUUCAGACUUUAACCACUAAAUCUUAUUCUGUUCCAAGGCUCUAAAUGUAGGUUUCUAGUGUAUGAUCUUAUUUCUGUACUAGAUAUAACUUUUCAUCUUCCAGUAGCUUUUUGAUUAGACGUUGCUGAUACUGAGGUUAUAAGGUCAGCGUUGUUAGUUUAUAAGAUACCAGGAUGUUAGAAAUAUGAGGUGUAUUAAUAGCAUUUUAUUAGCUUUUCUGUAGAUUGAGAAUAAGUUAUCUUACUUGUAACCAACAAUUUAGUAUUUCUGAGGCAAAAAUAAACUAGACUCUUUUAUAGAGGUGCUGCAGAAUUUUGUUAUUGUGUUAUUAUAUAGAGGUGCUGCGGAAUUUUGUGUUAUUAUGUAGAGGUGCUGCGGAAUUUUGUGUCAGCAAUAAUUGUGAGAUUAACACAGAUGUCCCUAUGAGAAGAUAGAGAAGAGAUACCAUCAUGCAUUAAAUCCAGAGAAGUGAUGUCUUGUUUAACUCACAACUAGAACUGAUCGCUUAGUUACGUUUAUCCUUUAUUUGCGUUUGCUUUGAAACUUUUUAAUAUAAGAUGUGCAGUUUUGGUACCACA